GUGCGUGUGUCGACCCGUUUUGGCUUAGGCCGUUGAAUCCCGGCCACGGGAUAAUCUUGAUACGAACCAAACCACGAACCUCCCGAAAGCUCCUGGUAUCGACGGUUUUUCCCUUCCAAUUCCAAAACCUCAAGUUAAUCCUCUAGACGUUGCAACAGACAGCGACGUUUUUUUUUCUUCUUCACUCCCUCUCCCCUCCACCCCCCGACAUCAUGCAGUCCUUCACCAGAGCCACUCGCGCCUCGGCGCUGCAAAACGUUGGCCGCCGAGCCUAUUCUUCGUCGCAGUAUGCUAAGACCAUCAACAACCUGCGCAUCAACGCCGACACCAAGGUCAUCUACCAGGGCUUCACCGGAAAGCAGGGAACUUUCCACGCUCAACAAGCUAUCGAAUACGGCACCAAGGUCGUCGGUGGAACAAACCCCAAGAAGGCUGGUCAGACUCACCUCGGCCUCCCUGUCUUCAAGAACGUUGGUGAAGCCGUCAAGGAGACUGGUGCCACUGCUACUGGUCUCUUCGUCCCUCCUCCUCUGGCCGCCGCCGGUAUCGAGGAGGCUCUCGAGGCCGAGAUCCCCCUCGUUGUCUGCAUCACUGAGGGUAUCCCCCAGCACGACAUGGUUCGCAUCACCGACAUGCUCAAGACCCAAAGCAAGACUCGUCUCGUCGGACCCAACUGCCCCGGUAUCAUCGCCCCCGAACAGUGCAAGAUUGGUAUCAUGCCUGGCUUCAUCCACAAGCGCGGCCGCAUCGGUAUCGUCUCUCGUUCCGGUACUCUCACUUACGAGGCCGUCAACCAGACCACCCAGGCCGGUCUUGGUCAGUCUCUCGUUGUCGGAAUUGGCGGUGACCCCUUCUCCGGUACCAACUUCAUCGACUGCCUCAAGGUCUUCACUGAGGACCCCGACACCGACGGUAUCAUCAUGAUUGGUGAGAUUGGUGGUUCUGCCGAGGAGGACGCCGCCGAGUUCCUCAAGCAGGCCAACACUGUCAACGGCGGUAAGCCCGUUGUCAGCUUCAUCGCUGGUAUCUCUGCUCCUCCCGGUCGACGAAUGGGUCACGCCGGUGCUAUCGUCUCCGGUGGUAAGGGUGGUGCCGACACCAAGAUCAAGGCUCUCGAGGACGCUGGUGUCAUUGUCGAGCGCUCUCCCGCUGGUCUGGGCAAGGCUCUCUACAACGAGUUCGUCCGCCGCGAUCUGCUAUAAUUUUAUAACUAAGCUACAUCUACUAUUUGGUUCACCCUUGGGAGACAAGAUGUGUGAGUCGGGGAGUGAGUUAGUAGAGUCCGGUUCAUUGACCGAGGACUCGCUCAUGGAGGGCUAUUUGCAUCAUACUGCAUGAUUUCUUCGUACGUACCUGAUAGAGCAAGGAUGGUCUGGCUGGCGCGCAGGCUAGAUUGUGGAAAGGCCUUUUGGUGUUCCUUUUCCGCAGGCGAGUGUGCCAUAACCCUCAGCACGCAAUACGCCAACAAUGUCACAUUACACCAUGAUCCAUCUAAUGUCGAAAAGUGUUUCAAGCCAUAUUUGAUCAUGCCGGAGUAUGCACAUGUGACGACGUGGUUGUCUCCUAAGUUGGGUAGGCAUAGAACGUAAACAAGUGAAGAAUUGCUUCACAUAUUACCGCUGAGUUCAAUCGCUACCUAUCUUGUGCCAUUUAUCAUGACCUACGAACCAUAUGAAGUGCAGCUCAUUCACCCCGUACCCAGUCUAUGCUAAGUUGUUAAAACAAACCGACGUAAACUCCCCAUACCAUGCUUAAAGAAAUUGUGUUUCAGAUCGCUAUUCCUUCUCUUGGUCCUCCCUAGUCCACAUUAGUUUUCAUGUAGCAGUCUGGCAACGACAUCCCCCAUGUAAGCCUCUUCCAGUUCGUAGUCUCGGCCUCCAUUGCGAUCUAUACCGAAAUGAAUGAAGGCCUCGACAACAUCUUCUAGUGGGAAGCCCAUGUUCACAAAACGUUCGACAAGGUUUCUGUUGUAUCCGGCAAGUCUACCUCGUGUCAGCUAUAUUCUCUCCGUCUCCAUGUUUGACGUACCGAGCAUUGUCGUCUUUGACCGGAGCUGCUGCGACGUCGUUUUGGUAUUUGGUGAGGUCAACGUCUUGUCGUGGAGCGCCGGCGUAUUUAACAGCCCAUUCAUGAGCCAUGAGUGCGAAGCGCUUGGGGUCUUCUAUCAUCAUCUUUGCAACCUCGGCAUCUUGCGGGUCCUUGGGGUUUGGGCACUCGAGAAGCAUUCGAAGGGAGAGAAGUGCGGUCUUGAUGGUCUGGACGGGAGACCAGUUGGAGCUGAGGGUGUCAAGGCAGAUAGCUCCCUAAGAAGUUGAGUUAGUAUCUCGAAUUCCUUUUCUUGUCGUAGUCCGCCUCUUGCUGACUGUCCCCGCCCCAACGAGUCGACGGUUUAUGUGCUCCACGUCCGCCACUCGGAAGAAAGUUGACCUACCGUCUGACUGCUGAUAUUCGGAUGCCAAAUCUUGGUGUCGAAUCUUAUCGCUGGUGCCUUGAAUGGAUACUGAUCCGGGAUCUGUAUGUCGACUGUAAAGGUACCUCCAGCGUAAGGGGUAUCAGGCGGCGCAGGGAAUGUUCCUUUGAGAUGCUUCAAGUCGUUGUUAACAGGACUCGCGUUGACGCCUGAGUCGUCAUGAUCGGCUUCGAUAUCCUUGAGCUCCUUGGCUACACGCCGGUCCCGAGACAUGAUGGUGAUACUCGUGGAAGAAGCGGUGAUGGAAGAGUUGAGGAUGUUGAAUAACAAGUGAUGAUUGAAAAAGGAGAAGAGUUAGAUCGAGUGAGGGGAUAAGAGGUAACUUUGGGCCGUAAGACAGGCCUUCUGCAGGUCAGGUCGUGUCUUGUGCAGGUAAGGCAGGCUGGUUCGGUUGGUGAUAUUGGAUGGAGAAGGAGGGGUCCUUGAUUUUU